AUGUGACUGGUAGGAAGUCACGGGAAAGAAACACAAGUGCUAAGGAAAGUUUCUGUACCGCGCAAAGUUAAUAUUCCCUCCAGAUUUCAAGCGAAGUUGUUGUACUGAUUACGAGUGCGAUGAAUUCGAAUAUUCCAUAUCUUAAUACGUAAAAUCGAUAGUUUACUUUCCGUUGUUGGAGAACCUGCGUAAUACCUGUUGAUUUUUCCUCAAAACGUUGCAAGAAAUUUUCAGGUCAAGGACUAUAUUAAAGUGCAUAUAAAAUUCAAAAUGUUUACAUGAUAUUUUAAAUAUACAUAUGCUGAAUCAUUUUUUAAUAUAAUUAUGUCAUCAAAUUUUCCUUACGAGUAUCAAAUAUGCUUAGACAUGGAGCAAAUUGGAGCACCACAUCAAUCUUUAGAGGGUUUUAAACCAUUAGUGAUUGCUAUGGAAGUUAUUGGAGCAAUCCUUGUAAUUUUGGUUGCAAUUUGGUGUAAUAGUUACAGAGGAGGUUUUGCUUGGAGAUCUAAUCCAGCACUAGAAUUCAAUUGGCAUCCUAUGUUAAUGACUCUUGGAUUUGUUUUCUUAUAUGCCAAUGGUAUGUUAAUAUACAGAACACAAAGAAAUGCUAGAAAACGGAGACUAAAGCUAAUUCAUGCUGGUAUAAUGUUAUUCACUGUUGUAUUGGUAGUAAUUGCUCUUGUGGCUGUAUUUGAUAGUCAUAACUUAAAUGUAAAGCCAAUUCCAAAUAUGUAUAGUCUUCAUAGUUGGGUUGGACUUACUAGUGUCAUUUUAUUUUGCUGUCAGUGGUUAGCUGGGUUUAUCUCUUUCCUUUACCCAGGACUGCAAAUUCCAUUAAGAAUCUCCUACAUGCCUAUUCAUGUAUACUUUGGUGUUGCUGGAUUUGUUGGUGUGAUUGCUUCUUGUCUUCUAGGACUCAAUGAAAAAGCAAUUUUUGCUUUACAAGACAAGUACUCAAUGCUUGUAAAUGAAGCAGUAUUAAUUAAUGUAAUUGGACUGUUCUUAGUUCUUUUUGGUGGAGUAUCUAUUUAUCUUGUAUCACAACAACGUUACAAACGUUUCCCUAGACCUGAAGAUGAAUCACUAGUCAGUGGUAGUAGUCAGUAAAUAUAAAAAAAUAUUUACAAUUUUCUGUGAUGUGCAGGCAAAAUCCAGGUUAACUCGUAUACCAUGUGUGCAAUUUUUUAAUUUUUAUAUUGUAACUGUUUUCAACCAUUUUCAUUUGAUUUCUGUACUCAAUUUUAUUUAAUGAAUUUUAUGCUUUUUAUGGAAUACAUUAAGCAAAAUGUAUGAAUCAUGCUUCAUGUAUAUUAAAAAUUAUAACAAGUCAAAGUAAACUAUAACAAUUGUAAAUGAUAAAAUCUUGAAGUCCAAUCAGAUCUGUACUUUUACUAUAGUAAUUAUGGUGCUAUGAUUGAUAUUUUAGUUAAAGUAAUGAUAUUCUCAAUGUAAAGUAUUCUUUGUAUUUUUUCUUUUUAUAAUAUUCUUUAUGUUACAAUUAUAAAA